AUGUCGCAAAGCGAUGUGGCUAGGCACGAGGGGUGCCGAAGGCAACACAAAGCUCGCAUGUCGCAAGGCAAUGUGGCUAAGCACGAGGGUGCUGAAGAUAACACAGCUUGCGUGUCACAGAGCGAUGUGGCUGGGCACGAAGGUUCUGAAGUCAACACAAAGUUUGCAUGUCGCAAAGCGAUGUGGCUAGGCACGAGGGGUGCCGAAGGCAACACAAAGCUCGCAUGUCGCAAGGCAAUGUGGCUAAGCACGAGGGUGCCGCAGGCAAUACAAAGCUUGCAUGUCGCAAGGCAAUGUGGCCGGGCACGAUGGUGCCGGAGGCAACACAAAGCUCGCAUGUUGCAAGGCAUUGUGGCUAGGCAGGUGGGUUUGAAGGCAUGUUUCACGCCGGUUGAUGGCUGGGUGCCGAAUAAUGGCGGGGUGCUGAAGGCAUUGCUUGCGCCGAUUGAUGGCUAG